CAGUGGAAAUGGUAUAAAUUCGCAGUGCCAGUGGUGGUCUUCACUCAGUAAAGCGAUGGCGUUGACAAUUCUGUUUCUCUUCGGCUUGCUGGCCUUUUCCCAAGCUGGGCUCAUUGAACGGGCCUUCGAUCCUAGGAUCGUGAAUGGAGAAGACGCUAAAUUAGGCGAAAUUCCGUAUCAAGUCUCUCUUCAAGACGUUGGCAGCAACUUCCACUUCUGCGGCGGCUCCGUGCUGAAUGAAAACUAUGUCAUCACGGCAGCUCACUGUGUGCAAGGACGCUCGCCUCGCGGGACACAAGUCAUUGCUGGUACCAUCGACUUGAAAGAGCCAAAAUCGACGCACGAAGUGGAAAAGAUCGUCAUUCACGAGAACUAUCAGGCCGGUAAUUCCUGGUUGAACGACAUCGCUUUACUAAAGGUAAAGAAUCCGUUCAUAAGAUCCACGAAUCUUGAAUACGUUCCUCUGCCGCCAAAAGACCAAAAAGUCAAUGCUAAUGAUGUAGCGAUCGUGUCUGGAUGGGGCAGGCUCUGGCAAGGUGGACCGACUACAACUCGUUUGCAACGCGUGAACAUCUUCAUCGCUGAUCAGAAGUACUGCAGGGAGAAGUACCAGGGUAUGGGAUACAAUGUUUACGACACGCAAGUGUGCGCCUACGACCAGGCUGUGAUGAAGGGAUCUUGCCACGGUGACUCUGGUGGCCCAUUGACCGUCGCUGGAAAGCUCACCGGACUGGUAUCCUGGGCGAAUGGCUGCGCCAGCACUAGCUACCCGACCGUUUACACGCGAGUCGCCUCUUACAUCGAUUGGAUUCAGGCUAACUCCGUCUAAACCGAUUCUGUCCACUGCCUAUGAUUUAUACUUUGUCGUUCACUUUGUACAAUUUUCUGAUUUUUUUAUUUUUUAAAUUGAGAAGAAAGAUACUCUUGUACAUGUGAUAACGAUGUGAUGCGGGAUACAUAGCAAGUACUCUGCAGCAUCUCAUUUUUUCGAUCCAAUAAAUAUAAUUGCAAAAAAAUAAA